UCCCCUCCCCUCCCCCGCUCCCACGGGACUGUCCGUCGAGUCAAGCCCCAACAGUGUGCUGGGGCAACUUUGAAAAGUAGUUUGGGAACGUGUAAAACCCACUGAAACAGCCUCUACCGAUGAACCGAUUACAGCAAAUCCGUUCCCCUCCACCCCCACACCAGGAGCGGGUGCAGUUUUCCUCCCUGGUGCUUCCAGAUGACCACAGAUAAUAGAGUCUGGGUCGGGGUAGUAGGAGGAAAUAAAAGGAACGCGGUUUUGGAGUGACCUGGAGAAGUCACCUGGGUCCAGGGAAGCUCCGGGUUCCGAGCAUGGUUGGCUUAAGGUUCCAGGAUCUGACCAGAAGUCGUAGUCAGCUCUUGCACCCUGGUAGCCAGUGAGGCAUCUUUAAAAGCAAAUGUCUACCCCCGGGGAGACUUUGGGGUGGGGCGACAACCGAGUCUAGCCGUAAUUCAGGAGUGAAGGCGUUAAUCUGCGUUUUCACUAGACACUCCCACUCAAGAUGUCAGUCAAAUAGGUCUCGCGAGAAAAAGAAAAACUAAGGUAAGGCGUCUUAUUAACCCCGCCUCCAGCUAGAUUUGUUCCCAAGCAACGAUGCCACCAAGCUCCACUGAGUCGGCUGGUCUGGGAGCCGGCCGCCCUAGGCCAUCACAGGUCCUCCCGGAGGCAGGUCCGCCUCCCCAGGAGCCCGCCUCCUGCCCUGCAGGGGCUUCAUUGGUUCAGCCUGCCUCCAGGUGAGGGCUGACGCGCUGGUGGGCGGAGCCAAGCGGACCACGUGAUCCCCCCACCCCCCCCCCCCCUUUCCAGCAGGGGAGCCCAGACUUCAGUCAAUCUGCCAGGUCUGGUUCGCGGCGCUCCGGUUGGCGACACCCGGUCCACAGCCGGGAGGACGAAUAGGGCAGGUCGAAUAGGGUGAGCGAGAGUCGAGCAGUCCGGACGCGAGGAUGGGGUGCUGCGCGGGCGCGGUGAAGGUGCAGAGCGAUGGUGCUUCGCCCUUUCGGGAAGUGUAGCUCCCCUGGCACUCCUGGGCGUGCAGACCUUCGGGGACGCUGCCGGAGCUGCAGCUGGUGCAUUUGCACUGUUAGGCGAGGAGCAGUGCAAGGUUUUUCUUCUUUUCUUUUCUUUUUUUAAUAGAACCUUUUGUCUUGAGCUCCUUGGUAUCUAUCUGGGUUUGAGAAGUGAAACUCGGUCCCUCCUACCUAAUUGAUAUUAGGACCCAAGGCUUAUUUUGCAGAACGUGAGGUCAAGAAGCUUGGACAAGCACUUUUUAGUCGGUUAUCUUUGUCAGUUCUAUGAAACGAAAUGAAGUGCUCAUGAUAGGAAAAUAUGCUUCAUUAAAAGACUGUUGGAAAGCGUGCUGGAUUUGAGAUAGAUGAAUGUGAACAAGGUCAGCAAAUACGCGCAAAGUUGGAGUGCAGCUCUGUAGGUGAAGAAUCAGGUGCCUUCUGAGGAACUACCAUGUCUGGGGAUAGUUCAUCUUGCACAGAACAUAGAAGCGGCAGCAGCAGCAGCAGCAGCAGCAGCAGCUGUAAACCUCAUGCCUCCAACCUUCGGAAGGCAGGGAAGAAAUGCUCAUGGGCUUCCUACAUGACCAACUCCCCAACUCUCAUCGUUAUGAUUGGUUUGCCAGCCCGGGGGAAGACUUAUGUGUCCAAGAAACUAACACGCUACCUCAACUGGAUUGGGGUACCCACCAAAGUGUUUAACCUCGGGGUUUAUCGGCGUGAAGCAGUCAAGUCCUAUAAGUCUUACGACUUCUUUCGUCAUGACAAUGAGGAGGCUAUGAAGAUCCGCAAACAGUGUGCUCUGGUGGCACUGGAAGAUGUAAAGGCCUAUUUUACUGAAGAGAGUGGGCAGAUUGCGGUGUUCGAUGCUACCAAUACCACUCGGGAGAGGAGGGACAUGAUUUUGAAUUUUGCUGAGCAGAAUGCCUUCAAGGUGUUCUUUGUGGAAUCUGUCUGUGACGAUCCUGAUGUCAUUGCUGCCAAUAUUCUGGAGGUAAAAGUGUCGAGCCCUGACUAUCCUGAAAGGAAUAGGGAGAAUGUGAUGGAGGACUUCCUGAAGAGAAUUGAGUGCUACAAAGUCACUUACCAGCCCCUUGACCCAGACAACUAUGAUAAGGAUCUGUCUUUCAUCAAGGUGAUAAAUGUAGGCCAGAGAUUUCUGGUCAACAGAGUCCAGGACUACAUCCAGAGUAAAAUUGUCUACUACCUUAUGAACAUCCAUGUCCAGCCUCGCACAAUCUACCUUUGCCGGCAUGGGGAGAGCGACUUCAAUCUUCUGGGGAAGAUUGGGGGUGACUCUGGCCUUUCACUUCGAGGAAAGCAGUUUGCUCAGGCUUUGAAGAAGUUUCUGGAGGACCAGGAGAUCCAGGACCUCAAAGUGUGGACGAGCCAGUUGAAGAGGACGAUUCAGACUGCUGAGUGCCUUGGGGUGACCUAUGAGCAGUGGAAGAUACUGAAUGAGAUUGAUGCUGGCGUGUGCGAGGAAAUGACGUAUGCGGAGAUUGAGAAGCGGUACCCCGAGGAGUUUGCACUUCGGGAUCAAGAGAAGUACCUGUAUCGAUAUCCUGGUGGGGAGUCAUACCAGGACCUGGUGCAGCGACUGGAGCCUGUCAUCAUGGAGCUGGAGCGUCAGGGCAACAUCCUGGUCAUCUCCCACCAAGCCGUCAUGCGCUGUCUCCUGGCCUACUUCUUGGAUAAAGGCGCAGAUGAGUUACCAUAUUUGAGGUGUCCUCUCCACACCAUCUUCAAACUUACUCCUGUGGCCUAUGGAUGCAAAGUGGAAACAAUUAAACUCAAUGUGGAGGCUGUGGACACACAUCGUGAUAGGCCAACGCACAACUUCCCCAAGAGCCAAACCCCUGUAAGGAUGAGAAGGAACAGCUUUACGCCUCUGUCCAGUUCGAACACAAUAAGGCGUCCAAGAAAUUACAGUGUUGGGAGCCGGCCCCUCAAGCCCCUCAGCCCUCUCCGUGCCCUGGACAUGCAAGAAGGGACGGACCAGCCGAAGACCCAAGUCCAGCAGGGGUCAGCCCAGGCUACAGACCAUCCACAGAAAGCCCUGGAGUUUUCAAGUGGACAUAGGGUGAGAGCUCUUGCCUCCUUUCCUGAGAAACAGUCCGAAGUUGUUGCUGCCCUGGGGAGCUGGCUCUAAGGAUGUGGACAUGUUCUGGUUUGUGUUACUAACUGGAGGAACCGGACAGUCCUUUGCUGGUGUGGAGUGGGCUGGGGGUGGGGUGAAGUCCAGAUCUUACAGAGUCACAGUUCAGACUUUUGGUCCUGUGGCACUCAGUUUCUUCGAAUUCUAGUAGCUUUCCUGCAGUCCAUGGUCUUUGGGGCUGUUUAAAAUCACCCUAAUCUACCAUGGAGCCCUGAAUUUCUCCAGGCAAAAGGCAUCAGUAAAUUCAGUAAAGCUGCUCAUCAUUCACCAAUACUUUUUAGAAUAAUUUCCUUAAGCUAAGUUUUUACAUGAAAAAUUAUUUUUUGAGCAUCAAAAUUUUGAUAAUGAAUUUAGCCUCUUAUUGGGGCAUUUUGUUGGUAUUGGGAAGCUAUCUCAGUAUUUCAAGGGGUCUCCUGAAGUUUGGCUCUUGGAAGUUUCUAUGUGUCUAUUACUUGCUUAAAAGGGAUUCUCUCUGCCUUGGCCCGGGGUCUUGUCUGCUGAGCUCAGUACCAGUUCACCUGUGUACACUUUCCUAAGGGACAGAUCUAAAGGUCUCCUGAGAUUUUUCAGAAGAGACAGGGGACUCCCUACCUCUCAGCUGGUCGUGUGGGGCCAGCUGGUGAGAGAAAAUUAGCAGUUUCCUGAGACUUUGUCUUGUGAUAGAAAGCUUUUUGAAUGAUUCUUAUCCGAAGCAGUCCUUGGACUGUGCUGUAGAAUUUUUGAAAUAUGUGCAUGCCUGGGUCCCCUUGAGUCAGGCUGAGUACUGCCUCAAGAUCUCUGGGUUUGGAGCCUAGAUAUGUGGAUGUUUAAAUUACUUCCUUAGUGGUCAGUCCACUAAAAGUCAGUCCCAGGUUGAGAGGCCACUUGAGGGGCUGGGGGGAUGUCUCAGCCGUUCAGAGCACAUGCUGCUCUUCCAGAGGUCCGGACCUUGGUCCCUGGCAUUCAUGAUGAGUGGCUUACAUCAAGCAGCCUGUAACUCCAGCUUCAGGGGAUCUGCUGCUCUCUCCCCAGCUGUCCAGGUACUUCAUAUAUGUAGCUUAUAUAUACAUAGACACAUAAAUACACAUAAAUCCCACUUUAUUAAGCUGAAUAGAAAAAUGCCAAUAUAUUGGUAUCUUAGACAAGAAUGUAUCAGACUGGAAAUUGUGAAUUCUUGGUUCUGAUGCUAGGGCAGAGCAGAGUUUUGAAUGAGUUACCCCCUCAAAGGCAAGCUGCUUUGUUAGAAAGGUGUUCUGGGUUCUAGUCCCAUCUUUUACCUUGGCAUCACAGGGGUGUGUGCAGCACGUUACUGACUUAAACAUGUACAUACCCUUGGAUCCACACUGAGAAUUUAGGCAAGGUGAAGGAAGGUACACAGAGGUAGAGCCGGAUGGAGGUGGUCAUCACAGGCGGCUGACUUCUGGCCUUGAGUCCUUUACCCAUCUAUCCUUUAGAGAACACUUGAGUCAGUUUCAGAGGCUGCCUGGAUUCCUGAAACUCAUCCAAGACAAAGAGACUGGGAAUUGCUGUUAGGCGCUGCUCCUUGUCCCCUCUGGACCUUUGUUUGUGGGCACUGGCCUUGGUGAGGAAAACACACGCAGAGAGACAAAACAGAACAAACAUUUCCCGUUUCCUCGCCCUGGAUAUUACAGACAGAACAACAACCAACCAACCCUUAGGAGGCCAGGCAUGUAUGCGUGUUAGGGCGGGCCAGCUGGGACUGGAUAGCCUAUGCGGGGAAGGCUUGUUCCUGGAGGAAACUGAGUCUCCUUCUCUCAGCAGCCUUGAUUGCCUGUGGCUCUUCAUCUGGAGGAGGUUUUUAUUCGUACACGUGUAUACAUGGAUGCGAAUGUAACAAUUAACUAGAAGAGAUUAUGAACUUGAAAGAGAGUAGGGAAAUGCUGGCGGAGUCGGACGGGGAACAGGAUGUAUAAGAUACUAAAAAUAAAGUUUAAGAAGACGGGAGAUGUAAUUGGUGAAUGGAUUAUCAAGAGAAUCAAACAGGCUAGGAGGGCUGACACUGGAGGAGAGGAUGAGAGCCUGUCUUCGCACUGUUUUCUUGCUCUAUGCUUGUGAGACCCCAGAGGUUCGGGAUGUCCUCUCCUACAGUGUGAGGAUGAGAUGUGGUCUAGGCGGUAUGUCUGGCACUUUUACAUGGUUCCUUUGUCUACUGUUUAGUUAUUAGCAGCUCUGGUCUAAAUUGGCAUUCAGUCCUUUCUUCUGCUGCCAGGUAAGGGUAAUUCAGAGCUACUGAGUGGGAAGAGGAAGAACACUGGUCCAACAACUAAGGAUCUAGGCUCCAAGAGGAGCCGUUGCUGACCACUUGAGCCAGCUUGUAACUACCGUCUUCAGGGGCGGUUCCUGGACCGUCAUUCUGACUCUCUGUCCACUCCUCGCUCUCCCGGCCUCCCUGUUAGUUCACUCUUGGUGUAAGAAGAGCUGGGGAAGUCUUGUUAUCCCUGGAUAACAAGGAGUGGAAGUUGGAGCUGAAAAGCAGCAGGGUUUCAACAUCCUUCACCUUUUAGAGCAAGAUCCUUCGGAGGAGCUGAGCAGGAGAAGCAGGAAAAGAGUGGAAAGUGCCCUUACUCCAGAGCUGAGGGAAGUCCCACUUCUCAUCUCUCCUCCUUGUUACUUAGGGGUGGGAGAUGACCCUGCUGUGUCUGUGUCUGUAUCACAAACCCCUACCAAGAAAAGAUGACUUGUAGGUGCCCUGUAUCGAGGCUUUCAGUUUUGCUGUGGAGGGAAUAGGUGAAGACUUGAAUCUACCUGUGUAAAAUGGAAGAGAAAGUAAUAGUCUGUAUUUAUUUAUUUAAUUAGUUAGUUAUUUAUUUUUAAACUCAAAGCUGAAUGGAAGUUGAAACCCCAAAGAAUGGCGGGAGUUGUAGCUUGGUGGUAGAGUACUUGCCUAGCAUGGAGAGGCCCUGGGUUCAAUCCCCAGUCCUGGCGGAAAACAAAAACAAACAAACAAACAAACAAACAAAAAACACUGAGUGAUAAAGUCAGGAAAUGGAUUUGAGAGAGAAAUCUAAAAGAGAGUUAAAGAACCGCUACUGUCCCGUCUUGUUUCCAAACUAGAAUUUAGCGCUUACUGAUCAUUGAUGUAGGACCUUUUCUCUUGGUAAAGGAAUCAUUUCAUGAUUUUUAGACAGGCGUUGUGCUAUGUGUGUGUCACUCUUCCUGGUUCCUAAGAAGUCAGUUAGGGAUGCAGCAUGUUCGUGUCCCUAGACCAUUAAAUGGUUGAACAUUUCAGGCAAGGAGCUGAGUAACCCUCUUUGAAAACCACAGUUGAUCCCAGGCCCCUCAUUUGAGAAAACAGUGUGAUUGUUAGGGAAUAAGCCUGCCUGAUGAUUCUUCUGGGACGGGUAUGAUCUGAGUUCCAGAGAAGCUCUUUAGUGUUUGGAGUGGCCAGUGAAUGGGGAAGCGCAUCAGGUGCCUGAGGCAGCUCCUAGUGAUGGGGUUUCAUGCACAUCCCCCUGCCCUUGCUAGUCUCACGAGAAUGUUCUGUUUGUAUAAGUUUUAGUAAAUUACCCAGUUUUCUUGUAUUCAUUUUUACUUGUUUGUGUUUUAAAGCAUUUUUAUUUUAAAACUAUGUAACAGUUGAGCCAGGUAGCGGGACUACCAUGCAAGAUCUCCACUUUUCCCUAGAGGUGAUGGACACACAUCAGAAGUGUGGCUGAGAAUUUCGUUUUAUAGUGUCCAGAAGAUGAGAGGUCUGUUUGCCAACUGUCUCUCAUUUCUCAUUGUCCUGAUUGGUAGUCUAUUUACAUCACUCUAAUUCUUUACCUAUUACACAUGUCUUCAAGAAAGGAACUGAAUAUUGUGCAUGUUUCCUUUUUGGAGAAGAUUAUUGUGUAAUAGUGGCCAACUUCUCAUUAUUUUUUAAAAGAUGAUGUUGUAGGUUACUUGUAUGGCAUUUUGUGAUCCUAGCUAAGGUAAUGCUAUAAGAGUUGAGACUUACAGAAGUCACAGUAACAAUAAAGUUGUGACUUGACUUGAAGUUAUUUCAUCCAGUCCCCUGCUUCAGAGCAGGACUUCCUUUUUACCAUCCACUUCUGAACCUAAUGUCUCCUCACACUAUGCUGUCAUGUACUCUUACUGAGAAUGCUGCUGUUUUUAGUCUGCUGUGUGUUUGGCCUUAAUCUUACACAAAGGGAAAUGUGCAUCCAAAAACUGAUCUCAAGAGUGACUCAGAGUAUUUCUUUUCUUAAGCCUUUCACUGGGUGUGUGACUAAUAUUCAUGUGACUCACUUUUUCAAGAAACUUCUGAAUGGUGUGUAUUUUGUUGUUGUUGAGGCAACAAGGUCAACUUACUCAGAUGUGGUGGCUUUUCUGUGGCAAAGGACCUGUCACCAAUGGGGAGUGUGAUAAGGAGAGGGCCGAGCACUGCUGAUCUGGAUUGGGGGUGUGAUACAGAGGGCUGAACGCUGCUGGUCUGGAUUGGGGGUGUGAUAUAGAGAAGGCCGAGCACUGCUGGUCUGGAUUAACACUGGCUGAACUUAGGAAGUCCAAUAACAGAAUUUUAUUGCAGAUUUCUUAGGCACAGGUCUGCUGAACGUGGGGAUGUCAAUCCUUAGUAGCAUUCUGAUUUAUUGUCGUGAUAAUUGAUAAUGAAAUAUUGCGUUGGGUCCAUUUAAAGUGUAUAUAAUUGUAUUCAAAAUGUGUUUUAUGUGCAUGUCUGUAUAGAAUGGGUUAAUAAAGUUGUUGAGUAACUUGACCGUA